AUGGUCAGGUCUGUAGAUGGCCCAUGGCCCGAUUUACAUAUGGGCGGCGAGUGGCCAGUAGGCAGUCUCCAAGGAGGCCACACUUUUAAACCCGACUGCCGAUCCUUGGGCGGUCUACAGCCGCCGGCAGACCAUUUGAGUGUACCACAAGUUCCAAUGAAGACUUCACACAGUCUUGCUUCACGAAGACAACCCCACCAUGUCAAACUCAACACCUCAAAUGAUAGCACCACCCCGCAACUCACAUGUUUUACAGACGUCAUGUUAUUUCCUAAUCACCGCGGCGGCCCUCCAAGGUAUCAAUGCUCAGUAUGUCAGACACGCUCAAUGAAGAACUACGAGGGACAUAUCAACUCGCCUGCCCAUAUGUUAGCCGUCAUUGAUUUUAUGGAACAAGAGGAAGCCGAUGAACGUGUUCAAACAGCCACAAACCUUUCAGCAAACCGAGAUCAAACUCCCUCUAUGGAGGAAGUCCAAGGCGAGACCUACGAUGGUCACUUCUCCUCCCCUCCAAUGCAACCUCUGUCACCACUUACACUACUUAGGAACCUGGAAGAUGACCCUUUACACUUGCUGCAGUCCCUCUCAGAUGAUUCAGAAGACUCAAUGACCUUCGAUACACUGCGUCAGGCAUUGGACGAAGUUGAAAACAUCCAAGAAACGGAAGAAGGAGAUGACGACAAAGAGAUUCAGCAAGCUUUGGAAGAAGAGUUGAGGAGUGGAAAAAUUCAAGAUGCUAUUGAUUGGUUCCCGUUUAAAAAAUUGGAGGUGAGGUUCAUGUUCUGGCGUUACUCCUGA